AUGUCGUGGAAACGAUUGGUCUUCCGUAAGUCCGUUGACCAAAUGGUUCUUGAAACAAAAGAAAAUGUUUUUAAUCGGCCAUUGAACUUUCUUCAUUUGAAUACAUUAGGAUUGGGGGCAAUUAUCGGUGCUGGUAUAUUUGUUUUAAGUGGUGAAGCUGCGGCAAACGUUGCUGGACCAUCAAUUAUUGUUUCUUAUUGUAUUGCAGCAGUGGUAGCUGCUCUGGCUGCGCUCUCUUAUUGUGAAAUGGCUUCGAUGGUACCGAUCUCUGGCUCGUCGUAUUCAUAUGUCUAUACGACAAUGGGUGAGUUUGCUGGUUGGCUGGUAGGAUGGGAUUUGUGUCUUGAAUAUAUGAUGGGUGUCUCUGUUGUGGCUGUUGGCUGGUCGGGUUACGUAGCUUCAUUUAUUAGAUUAUUGUUUUCAACAGGAAUCGAACAUCGAAUCCUCGAUGCGCCACUUAACUGGAAUGACACGACACAGAGUUUUUAUUGGAAUGGAUCAUACUUCAACUUACCUGCCAUUCUCAUUAUUAUAGCAUUAACGGCUCUUCUAGUUUACGAUAUUGAUGUUUCUGCCACAUUUAACAGCAUUAUAGUCCUACUUAAAAUAGUCAUUAUGCUUAUAUUUAUCACCGCCUGUAUUAAAUUUAUUAAUCCCAAAAACUAUCGUCCAUUUAUUCCUAAAAAUCUGGGCGGUAAUAAGUAUGGUGUAAUUGGGAUGUUUCAUGCUUCGACCAUUGUCUUUUUCUCGUUUAUUGGCUUUGAUGCUAUAACAACAGCGGCACAAGAAACAAAAAAAGAAUCACAAAAUACACUUGCGAUUAGUAUCAUGACAUCAUUAAUGGUUUCAACUGUUCUGUAUCUUGGUUUUAUUUCGGUGCUUGUUGGAGUUGUCUCGUACGAAUCACUCAAUGUUCAUAACCCAAUUUCGACUGUUACACGAGCAAUGAACAUGAAAUGGCUUGAAAUUACGGUAGAUGUAGGUGCUAUAUUGGGCUUGACUUCGGUAACCCUAGUUAAUUUAUUUGCGCAACCACGAAUUUUAUAUGUUAUGUCAAAAGAUGGUUUAUUACCAAAAUUUUUUUCUAAACUACGUUCAACAAAGCAAAAGAAAGCAAAAAAUUUACCAACAGCAUCCGACCAAACGCGUGUCGAUGUAGACGAAUCAAUAUCAAAUCCUCCAGCCGUGAUAAGAGCUACUUCUACUAAACCUCAAAAUGCACAACCACAAACUCUGGGAUCACCGUAUGCAGCCACAAUUGUUACAGGGGUUAUUUGUGCAUUAGUCGCUGGUUUUGUUCCAAUUAACUUUUUAGCUGAAAUUACUUCAGUGGUUACGACGCUUAAAGGUCAAGAGACUCAUACCGGAGAAACAACAGCGCAACCUCCUCGAAUAGUCAUGGAUUUAACUAUCGUGCAUGCAACAAUUCGCUAA